AUGAUGCCUUCUUAUGGAAGCUACGGUGGUUAUGGAAACUAUGGCGGUAAUUAUGGUGGAUAUGGUCCUCAAAUGUAUUCAGGAUAUGGGGGAUAUGGUGGCGGUUAUGGAGGUUACGGAAAAUAA